AUGGAUCACCUUGAUAGGCCCUCACAUCCCUCUAGAGAUCAGUACAAGAUCCCCUACGUGUGUCUGGCACCCUAUGAUGAAGGCGACUUUCUCUCCUACCCAUCACGUUGUGGUUUUAAUGAUGCAAGUGUGCUUGAGGGAAACUUUAUCCACAAGUCGCCAGAUGGUGAGGAUGAAGCAGUGGAUCUAGCUCGGGUUCAAUCAUUUCUCCAGUCCUGGCUCUUCUUUGGCUUGAUAUUCGAAGUGCACAGAACAGUCGGCAGACCGUUUAGUCCCAAUGAUUAUGUGUCUCGUGAGUCGUUGCUGACCACAGCCUCUGGCGAGAGAAGAGGCUUGACACGGAGAGUGAACACCUCUGCUUUGUCGGGACUCCUUGCAUUUUGGGUGGAUUCUUUCAAGGCAAAGAGAUCAGCGGGAGAACUCUCCUUCGAGGACGUCCGUCAACUAUGUUUCAAAGUUGAUACUUACCUCCAACCGGCCUAUAAAAUCUGUUAUCACUUAGUCCAAGGCCGUCACUCCUAUAUCGACCAAGACCUUUUGCUCUCCUUUAUGUGCCUCGGAAACACGGUCGACGAUGCAAUGGCCGUCGUCUUUCAACGCUGCUUUUACGACUUUUUGCCACCUCAUCAACAGAAUGCCCAGCUAUCUCCUUCUGGAUGGGUCCCUUUGAAACGAAGGUGGGAUGCCCCACUUCGUAUCUUGCAGACUCUUGUCCAUUCUGGCUGGUGUCCCUUCGACGUUGGCAUCCUAGAGCGGGAUUUCGGUAUUAAUGAAAUCAUCUACGCUUCCCAAUUGCGUCGACAUGGUAGUGUCGAACGCCACUCGCCAUGUACUCCAACUGCAUGCAUCGCCAACAAUAUCGAUGACCUAACAUACGUGACACGCCAUGAAACAUUGGGGACCAAGUGCCCUGGCUCUUCUUGCAGCGACAUCGAAUUUGACCAUCCGACUCUAUGUGAGAUCAUUCGUCGAGGGUCAAGGCCCAUUGUCCGGUCGGAAAUCGAUGCCCAUGACGGGCUUCAUUUCCGUAUCGUCCCCUAUGACGGUGAUGUUACACCCUAUGUUGCCAUCAGCCAUGUGUGGUCUCAUGGUCUCGGCAACACGAGGAAGAACACGCUUCCAAGGUGCCAGCUUGAAGCUUUACACCGCCGCACCUCAGCAUUACUGGCUGCCUUCACGUCAUACAACGGCCCAGAACCUACCCAGGACAUCAAGACCAAACGUGUGAGCUAUUUUUGGCUCGACACCAUCUGCGUUCCAGUGAAGCCAGAAGACGUUGAAAUGAGGAAAAUGGCAAUCUCAAGCAUGGCGAGCAUAUACGAAGAGGCUCAUUCAGUGUUGGUCCUUGACGAAGGUCUUAUGAACACUUCACUGCACCUCAGUGAAGAUGCAGUCAAAAUUCGAGCCCCCAAUCGCCAGAGCAAGCCACCUUUUUCCCAGAAACAACUUGUCUUCUCAUUGUUAUUUUCAGAUUGGUGGAGGCGGCUUUGGACUCUCCAGGAGGGUGUACUUCCUGAUUAUCUUUUUGUUGCCUUUGCAGACUUUUCAGUGUUUCUGAGCCACGCCGUUCCUGCCGGACGAGAGGAGCACGUGGAAAACCGAGCGGAUUUGUCUUCUGACAGGGUCAAGGAGGGACUUAGUGAUUUGAUCGAUAAGUCACACAUAGCGGACGACAAAGGAGUCAUCAUAGUGGACCGGAAAACGUCCAAAGGGGACAUGCACCAUCGUCGUCGAGUUUUGCGGCUGCUCUGCAACCGGACCACUAGCAGAAUCGGCGACGAACCCAUCUGUGUUGCAACUCUGAUGGGGCUGGAUGUGCAGAUCCUCCUGGAUACGAAGACGCCAGAAAGAAUGCAGAUGCUUUACAAAUGUCUGGGCCGCAUCCCGGCUGGUCUUGUCUUCUUGCCCGUGCCAAAGCUUCAGAUUGAGCAUUUCCGAUGGGCUCCAAGAUCCUUGAUAGGGGUACCCAUCAGUCUGACAACGACCCAGGUCUUACUCUCUGAUGAGGAUGGUGAAGCCGAAGUAACUGAACUAGGAGUCCGUUUGCAAGCCUCAGGUUAUCCCCUCGCCUCCCAGGGCGUGCCAUUGAAGAACAACUUUUACAUUUUCCCUGGCACCCCUGGGUCGAUACCGUCCGGGCAGGAUGAAGAUCGUCUCACCGAUAUUGACAAGGUCAGGGCGGACAAUGAGCAGAUUGUUGCAGUCACAUUACACGAUCAACAGGUUAUGGACCGGUUUGGUGACGCCGGUAUCUCUGGACACUCUUUCUGGGAGACCAUGAGUGGGCAAGACCUGAUUGAUCCGGUGGUCAUUCUGCCAUCGAAGCGUAGAAUCGACUAUGCACAGAACCCUGGGAUAUUGGCCGGUAGAGCUCGACUAAUUGACGGUGUUUGGCAUGCGAAGUUUCUGUGCAAUGUUUGGACCUUUCGAAAUUCGAUGGCCAUGUGGGGGGAUAGCUCUGGUACAGGUCGUGGGACGAUCGCGAACAGAGUUCGAGAAGAAAGGGCAGCAUUGGCUCAGGGUGAAAGGACCGGAAAAAUGGCAUGGUUCCAAAGUUCGGAGGUGGUACGGGAGUGGCGCAUCUCGUAGGCGACGAGCUGUUGCUAAGGAUGUGAAGUUGUUUUUCUCCUUUCGCUAGCAUCUUUCGGGCAAUGGGAAAUCACCGUUCAAUGAGCCCAAUGUUCACCCCUUUCACCAUUCAUUGCCCCGAGCGCCUUCAGCGCUAACAAAUUAACACUGAAAUUCA